AGAGGUCUUGUAAUUGUCUACAUUGCAGGCAUUUCUUGCUUUUUAUGUGAUCAAUGACCUGCAGAUGAGUCUAUCUUCAAAAGCUUUGGUAUCUUUCUAAGCAUUGUUUCCAUUUAAAAUAAAAACCUUUUAUUUGAAGAGAAGGGAAGGAAAAAAAAACGAUGCCAACUCUUGUUCCUGUACUUAAUUGACGUGCAUAGGUCCCUUGUAAUUUUAUCUUAGCAAUUUUUCCUGUUACAGCAUAUCUAUUUUCCGCAUUAAACUUGUAAAGAACACAGAUCGGUGAGUAAUCAACCAUAAAUCAUCAAUUAUUAACUGAGUAGCUUAUUUAGUUUCUACUAUUCCAUGACGAAGCCAAGCUCUUGAUUGUGUCAUCAACUGGGAGAAAUAGUGAAGGAGUAUGAUUUAUGAUACAUAUUCUACAAAAUCUUCAUGUGCACCUCUUUCCGAUGUAAUUUAACAGGUAACUGGAGUGAGCAUGCAAAGUGUCUUCGUUGGCCGAGAUCUCAAUGACACUACUUUUGUGUGCAGAUCAUUGAGCUUUAUGGCUAAAAUGAUAUGUGAGAUUACCUCAUUUAAAACUAAAAGAUUCACUCUUUUCUUAUUAACUUGUUACUGUAAUUUAAUUGACAUAGGUGUGUCACUAACAACAAAAUUCGACACAACAAUUCAAAUUGAUCCACCUUAUCCACAACGUCGGCAACUACAAGCAUGGGUCAUCGAGAACCAUCAAUACUUUCCUCCUUCACUCUCAGUAGUACAUCCACAUCAGGAUUUCUCAUCUCUCUUCCAAUGAAUGAAGAAGUGGUACCUAUUGCAAACAUUGACUCGCAACAAGAUGGCCAGACAUUUACAAUUGAGGCAAAAAUAACCUUCCCCACUGACCUUAAGAAAUUCUAUAUGUUGGUCUGUUCAAACUGCGGACAAGACGUACACUAUCCAACCAUAAGAGAAAUUCAUUGUAUGAACUGCGACCAGAAAAAUCUGUUAGUACCCAGGUGCAGGUUUGAUGUGGAUCUCAAAGAUAACUCAGGCUCAAUAAUUGGAAUAAUUAUGGAUAAAGAAGGAGAAAAACUGUGCUACUUCUAAUCAAAUCAUAAUAUGUAUAAUUCUCACUUAACAAAUAUAAAUUACUGCCCCUCCUAGGGUAACUAUCCACCUAUGGAAGAUGUUCAAACUAACAUUACCAACAAACUCUUCCAUGGUCGAGCAAAGAAAGCAUUUGCCUGUACUUGAUGUACAACAUCAGUGAAAUUAUGCAUCCACUCCUGUGUUGAAAAGGAAAGUUUUGCGGAUUCUCUUCUGUCACCAAGCACAAUCAAUAUUCACGAAGGAAGCAAAAGAAAACAGAAAACAGAGCCACCCCACGUACCUGAACAAGCUGGAUCACUCAAAAUGAAACAGAAACUGGAACCAACAACUCCUCAAAAAAACAACUGAAGGUCAUUUAUGAUUUUACACUAGCUAUUAUAAAUUAGGUCUACUGUUAAAUCAAUAUUAUAUCACGCUUCCUCACUUUAUUUGAUGGUAUAUACUUCCCUAUUUGGAAGUACAUCUAGCAAAAGAUGUAGCUCAAAAGAUUGUUUUCCCAGCUUCUUAGAGAUAUAAUAAGUAGUAUGAUGAUGAUUCUUAUGAAUCUCUGUUUCCACUUUCUGGCUAGCAUGUAGUAGGCUUAUUGGUUAUUUUUGGUCAGCAGCUGCGUGUAGGCUCGCAAAAGUAGCUUGCUGCUCCCUGUGUGUAAAAUGGAAGACAAGAGUGUGUUAGAAAAUUACCUCAUGAGUAAAGAUGUUUUGGGACCAUUUUAGGUACAAAGUUUUUGAGGCAUGUAUGCACAAACCAAAAAGUUAGCAGGUCCUUUCCCUGUGAGAUGUGAAAAUUAUAAAAGAGUUUGAUGGUAAGUGCUAUAUUAGAAUAUAUUAGGGAGUUAAGUUAGAAUGCAAGAAGAUAAAGUACCUGUUUUUCCACAAUAGUCAGUAGUAGCUGCCAAAAAGUAUUUCAAUGACAUUGAGGGUCAUAUGUACGGUUUAAUUUUAUAAGAACUGAAUCCUUAAAACCUCAUCAAGUGCAUUACCAAGUACUGUGCAAAAGCAUAAACUCAAAUGAUAGAUCAUUGGAGCCUCCCUCUCUAAUACAGGAAAUGGAAGAGAAAGGCGUGUUGCAUUAUUUGAAGAGGGCCCAUUUCAGUCUCUGAUUCCAAAGCUAGCAAGAACACAUUUAUGGAAGUAAGAAUUUUUUCCCCUGAAUGUAUAUAAACUCAAUUGUGAUGGUACAUUCAUUGUCUUGUUCAUGAGAACUUGUAGCUAAACAUUAAAUCAAGAGAAACAGCUACGCGGCGUUUUUGUCCUUAGCGAAGGAAGGAUUUUGUUGUUCUAACAAGUAUAAAAUUGCAAAUGUUGAACUGAAAAGUAGAAGGCAGAAAUGUAAAGAUGUUAAAGAGAGGAAGAAGUUAUAAAUGAAUGACCUUCAGUUGUUUGAGGAGUUCUUGGUUCCAGUUUCUGUUUCAUUUUGAGUGAUCCAGCUUGUUCAGGUACUUGGGGUGGCUCUGCUUUCUGUUUUCUUUUGCUUCCUUCGUGAAUAUUGAUUGUGCUUGGUGACGGAAGAGAAUCUGCAAAACUUUCCUUUUCGACACAGGAGUGGAUGUAUAAUUUCACUGAUGUUGUAUGUGAAGUACGGGCAAAUGCUUUCUUUGCUCGAACAUGGAAGAGUUUGUUGGUAAUGUUAGCUUGAACAUCCUCCAUAGGUGAAUAGUUACUCUAAGAGGGACAGUAAUUUAUAUUUGUUAAGUGAGAAUUAUGCAUAUUAUG